AUGGACAGACUGACACCUAGGGGACCAUGUGGCCAUCCUCUCCAGGAAGAGGCCUGUGCCUGCUGCCGGCUCACCGUGAAGGUCCUGGAAGCCCGGAGCCUGCCCCGGGCUGACCUGUUGAGUGAAGCAGACCCAUAUGUGACCCUGCAUUUUCCAACGGCACCUGGAACAAAGUUUAAAACCAAAACAGUCACAGACUCCAGUCAUCCUGUGUGGAAUGAGAGCUUCAGCUUCCUAAUCCAGAGUCGGGUCAAGAAUGUUCUGGAGCUGACUGUCUGCGACGAGGACUCCGUCACCGAGGAUGACGUCCUCUUCCAGGCUCUCUAUGAUGUCUCGGAAGUGCUCCCAGACAAGCUGCUCCGGAAAACCUUCUCCAGGCAGCCCCAGGGGCAGGAGGAGCUGGAUGUGGAGUUCCUGCUGGAGAAAACGUCUGACAACCCCGAAACCCUCAUCACCAACAAUGUCCUCGUGGCCCGAGAGCUGGCAUGCCUGGAUGUCCAUGCGGGGAGCACAACCACGGUUGCAGAUCAAGAAAAAUUGGAGUUGGAGCUGGUGCUGAAGGGGUCUUAUGAGGACACACAGGCCUCUCCUUUGGACAUGGCCUCCACCUUCCGCUUCCACUACUUGGCGGCCCAGGAGACAGAGCUGAGUGGGCGCCUGAGGAGCUCUAAAAGCUAUGGUUGGAAAUCAGACAACUCAACGGGACAGCUCUCUGUGCCUCUGAGGCCCUUGGCCAUGGGGAAGGAGGUGACCGUUAACAUUCCUGCUACAAAUGUCCCAGGAGUAAGGCUGCAGCUCAAGGCAGAGGGCUGCCCCAGGGAGCCGGCCGUGCGCCUGGGCUUCGAUCUGUGCGCCGAGGAGCAGGCCUUCCUGAGCAGGAGGAAGCAGGUGGUGGCCCGGGCCCUGAAGCAGGCCCUGCAGCUGGACAGAGACCUGCAGGAGGAUGAGGUCCCCGUUGUGGGCAUUGUGGCCACGGGAGGAGGUGCCCGGGCCAUGACGUCGCUCUAUGGCCACCUGUUGGCCCUGCAGAAGUUGGGCCUCCUGGACUGUGUGACCUACAUCAGUGGAACUUCAGGCUCUACAUGGACAAUGGCCCACCUGUAUGCUGAUCCUGAGUGGUCACAGAAUAACCUCCAGGGACCCAUCAAACACACCCGGGAGCACCUGGCCAAGAGCAAGCUGGAGAGCUUUUCCCCCGAGCGCCUGGCAAGCUACCGCCGCGAGCUGGAGCUGCGGGCUGGGCAGGGCCACCCCACGACCUUCGUGGACCUGUGGGCUCUCGUGCUGGAACACAUGCUAAACGGCCAGGUGAUGGAUCAGAAGCUGUCAGGACAGAGAGCUGCACUGGAGCGCGGCCAGAACCCUCUGCCCCUAUACUUAAGCCUCAACGUCAAAGAGAACAAUAUGGAGACCCUCGACUUCAAGGAAUGGGUUGAAUUCUCCCCCUAUGAGGUGGGGUUCCUGAAGUAUGGAGCCUUUGUCCCUCCUGAGCUCUUUGGCUCUGAGUUUUUCAUGGGGCAGCUGAUGAAGAGACUCCCGGAGUCCCGGAUCUGCUUUCUGAAAGCUAUUUGGAGCAACAUUUUCUCCCUGAACUUGUUGGAUGCCUGGUAUGACCUCACCAGCUCUGGGGAAGCCUGGAAGCAGCACAUCAAGACCAAGAUCAAGAACCUGGAGGAGCCUCCUACCUCCUCGUCGGGGACCUCCUCAUGGUUGAAGGCCUCCUGGCUGCAGCCCGGAACAGCACUGGCUAAGGCAUUUAAGGGUUUUCUGACGGGCAGGCCGCUCCAUCAGCACAGCUCCAACUUUCUUCGGGGCCUCCAGUUGCACCAGGACUAUUGUGGUCAGAAAGGCUUCAGCACCUGGGCAGACUCUCAGUUGGACUCCAGCCCUGGCCAGCUGACCCCUCAAGAGUGCCAGCUCUGUCUGGUGGAUGCCUGCUACUUCAUCAACACCAGCUGCCCCUCCAUGUUCCGGCCAGGACGCAGACUGGAUCUCAUACUGUCCUUCGACUACUCCCUGUCCUCGCCCUUUGAGGCUCUGCAGCAGUCUGAGCAGUACUGCCGGGCACAAGGGCUGGCCUUCCCCCGAGUGGAGCCCAGCCCUCAGGACCAACAAGAGCCCAGGGAGUGCCACCUCUUCACAGACCCCUCCUGCCCCGAGGCCCCUCUCCUGCUGCACUUCCCCCUGGUCAACUCCUCCUUUAGGGCCCACUCAGACCCCGGUGUCCGGCGCAGCCCUGAGGAGCUCCAGGCCGGCCAGGUGGAUCUCACGUCGGCCACUUCGCCCUAUUCCCUGUUCAACAUGACCUACAAGGAGGAAGACUUCGACCGCCUGCUGGGGCUCAGUGACUACAAUGUGCGCAGCAGCGCAGAUGCCAUCCUGCAGGCCUUGAGAGCUGCUCUGAAGCGCCGGGCCCACGGUGCCAGGCCUCCAGGGACACGGACUUGA